CAGCUUGAUAAUCUUUCUUAAAUGUAUGUAAUUUUACGCUACGAGAAAUUGGUGAAGAUUGUAAGUGAAAGUUGCACGAGAUGAAUCGAAGAGUGGGAUACAGCAAUUACGAUGGCAAGAUCGCCGGGCUUUACGACCUGGAGGAGACCCUUGGCCGCGGCCACUUCGCCGUGGUGAAGCUGGCACGGCAUGUUUUCACCGGUGAGAAGGUCGCAGUGAAGGUGAUCGACAAGAGCAAGCUCGAUGAGGUCUCGAGGGCUCAUCUCUGCCAGGAGGUGCGGUGCAUGAAGCUGGUGCAACAUCCCAAUGUAGUCCGGCUAUACGAGGUGAUAGACACGCAGACCAAGCUAUACCUAAUUCUAGAGUUCGGCGAUGGCGGGGAUCUCUACGAUUACAUCAUGCGCCACGACAGCGGCCUCAGCGAAGAGGUGGCCAGGACUUACUUUCGACAGAUAGUUCGGGCCAUAUCGUACUGUCAUCGUUUACAUGUAGUCCACAGGGAUUUAAAACCCGAGAAUGUUGUGUUCUUCGAAAAGCUCGGUACGGUGAAACUUACGGACUUUGGGUUUAGCAAUAGAUUCUGUCCUGGUCAGAAACUUGAGACUUCGUGCGGCUCAUUAGCGUACUCCGCUCCAGAGAUACUUCUGGGCGAUAGUUAUGAUGCCCCCGCAGUAGAUGUCUGGUCCUUAGGUGUAAUACUGUACAUGUUAGUAUGCGGUCAAGCGCCAUUUCAAGAGGCGAAUGACAGCGAAACGUUAACGAUGAUUAUGGACUGUAAGUAUUCGAUCCCGUCGCAUGUGUCCGACGGUUGCAAGCGACUGAUCGCAAAGAUGCUCGUACGAGAACCCGAAGGAAGAGCGUCUCUCGAAGAGAUUGCCGCAGAUCCAUGGUUGGCGAUUGGUUCCGACUUGGACACGACGGAGACGCUGCCGCUCGUAUCCCGUCAACAAGUCUCCGAUGAGCAUCACAAUUUCAUAAUUACCAAAAUGGUUAACGGUAAAAUCGCCACCAAGGAAGAAAUAUUGGACGCACUCGACAAAAAUGAAUAUAAUCAUAUCACCGCGACGUAUUUCCUGCUAGCUGAGAGAAAUUUGCGCGUUCAUCGACAAGAAGAGAUGCAGAAAACUCGGCCGGAAGCUUUAAAUGUUUCUUCAAGCCGACAGGAUAAUCUGACAACAAAUCUAUGCACAAAUGAGAAUUCUCUGAGUACUACAAACCAGUCUCUAUUGACCGUGCCACGUACACCUGGUGAUGUACCGCAAAACGUGCGCACUCGCAAGUGCAGCAUUGUUCAAGAAGAGGAAGACGAGGAUGAUAUAUGCUCUGGCCGAGACGAGCACGGUAGUAAUUCAGCGCUAAAUUCCUUUAACCGUCGCGGUUCCCGUUCCGAAGGGAAGCUCUCGCAUAUUCUGCAGGAGCGGCUAUCACAACUUCCAGAAAAACACAGUGGCACGAAGCCCGUGCCGAGUCAACGGCAUCCGCACCAAAAAGAGGAUUCCGUCGCCGAAUCAUCGCACAGGGGAGAAAGACUGAAACAGAUUUCAAGAAACGAAAAGGAUAACAAAGCAUCACUAGCACAGAAAAGAUCAGAUAAAGCUCAAAUGGAUAAGGCACAGGAAAAAUUGCCUGCAUCGCCGCGGAUCACCAUGACGUGCGACGAAAAUAUAAAAAACCGAUUGAGCAACACGACCUCUCCGUCGACCGUCGGAUGGGCAGCUAGAAAAGCUACAAGCACGGAAGCCAGACCUAAAUCUGUGACGGAGUGUCUAAAAUCUGCUGGACCGAUACCAGCGAACAAAUGGAGAAUGGGUUCUCAGCAUCAUCGGUUUAGUAUACCGCUCACGGAAUCCCAGUCGGUUCCUUCCAAACCGUCCGAUGUAUCUACGACAACGAUGGCAACGACGACGACUACUACUACAAUUCUACACGAAUCGUCGACCAUCUCGAUACCUCUUCAUCCGAUCAGUGACAAUCAAGUGACGCUGACACCUAAGUACAAGACGAUGCCGUCACCUAGCGGUAACUCAUCCACAACGCCAUUAACGCUCAAUGAAAUCCUAGAGGAUGGCGAUGGCAUACAGGCAUCGAUAAAUUCCACAGAAUGUGGGGGUUCGACUAAAUGUCGCGUCGUUAGGCGAACAACGUAUGAGCAACGGAGAAGUAAGUUCCACAAGACGCGCACAACCUCCUGCUCGAGUUCCGACGCCAGUGAUGAUGACAAUGAGAGCAGAAAGAAAAGAGCGCAUAAACUCGGCGCGUCCACAGGGAAACCCUUACCUCCGAGACGCGAUAGUCAUGACGACUCGAGCGAUUCACAAGAUCCAGGAGGAAGUGGUGGCGGACGAGGUGGAGUCAGCGGUGGGGGAAGCGGAGUGAGCAACGGUGAGCAUACGACAACGGACAGGCCGACGACAACCGAGAGCAAUCGAAACGGCAGUGGUAGCGGCACUAAUACGACAAAUACGAGUACAACGAACGGAGGAGGGCAGCAUCGGUGCACCGAGAACCAGGUAAUGUUUGGCAGGAGACAUCGUGCCUGUAGGAGAAGAACCGGCGAAACGCGAUUACGUGAGAGCCAAUCGUUGAAUCGUAUUACCGAGGUCCAGGAGGCUGAAGCACCCUCAUCCUGUCACAAUCAUUAUCACGUGUCACGCAAUUCGACUGUAAUUGGCACACAGAACGUUUCAUCAUCGUCGUCAUCGUCAUCGGUAUCACAGAAUAGUAUGGCUUCUCAGCACAAUGUUGUUCCACCUGUGUCUCAAGUGGCAACCACUACGGUGCAGAAAGCGAAAGGUCUUGGAGCGAGAUUGCUGCAGAGCUGGUCGCUCAGCGCCGGUAAAUCCUUGAUAUCGCAAGGCUCGAAGCAAUCCGCUCGCAGUCCUGAUGGGAAAGGUAAUGGCUGCCAAUGGCAAUCGGACGAUUGUCAGACAGUCAGCGGUGCCAGCGAUGAGCGGCGCGGUGAUUAUAAGUGCACGAAUCAAGCGACAUGCAACGACAAGGAGAAUCGCGGUAAUGGCUCGAUGAAUCGAAAUGAAUGUAAGAAUAGGAAGAUACGGUUAUUGAGCCGUUAUUUCGCUGUACACAAGAAGCUUUGCGUACCACUGCCAGGUAUCUUUGGCAAAGGGCGUCUCUAUAAAGCUCGCUCGUGCGGCAAUAUCACUCGCGAUCGCGUAAGUCCACCGUCGCCUAAAUCGAUGUUGCUGGCCGAAGACAAGUGGCGAGAACGUCGUCAAUGGUGUGACGCAACGAAGCAGCAUCGCGGUAGCGACGGUGAUAUCAAUCAGAAUCUAGGCCUCGCACAUCUUGUGCAGGAGAGCAUCGUCGGAAAGGGUUGCACUGGUAUGCCUACCGUGUGCCACAUUCAUCUCGGAGACGCUUCCAAGUGUUGUAGCCUUUGUUGAUAAAUCGCUACCGCUCGAAAGAGGCAGGGAAUUCAAGAUGCGUUUAUAUACGCAAGAUGAGACGUACAAACGCGGGCAGAUAAAACCAAAUCCGUUCUGGUGGUCGUAGUGGCGCAGCUAGGCGACAUGUGCGCAUGGAACUUGUUUUUCGACAAACUUUUUUUCUAUACUAUGUAUUAUUUCUAGCUAAUUAUUUUAUUGAUACACAAAAAUUU